AUGUCUGAUGAGAAUUCGAAAGAUUAUCCUGAGAUAAAGGAAAGGGGAUAUUACUCUGACUUAUAUACUUCAUACUUGCCACGACAUUAUGACCAACAGAACUCAGCAACUUACUGGAAUCAAAAUAUUAUUAACCAAAGUAAAGAAGGUGGCUAUAUUCCUUGUGUGGACGCAGACAUUAAUGAACCUCUUGUUAAAUGUUUGGAAUUUCAUGGACCCACUAGUGAAGUUAAACUAUUUAUCGACUUUCCUAAUAGGUCAUAUGAUCCGAAAGUUCAGCUUCCUUUCCAAACACCACCAACUGAGUGUCCAAGAAAAUUACAUAUCGAAAGGAAAAAGAGAAAAUAUCAGAGUGCUUCUUUACCUGAACUUUUGGAACAGGAAUACCGCAUACAGACUAGUGAACUUUUGCCUAAGUUCCGAGAAAACUUUAAGGACGAAAUGGGAGAGUGGACUUCUUACCUUCCCCUUGAAUAUUUUGAUGAUGAAAACUUUGAAUGUCGAACCCCAUCGGAUUGGCUAACACUUGGCAUAGAUGAAGGGGUCAGAAAACCAGUUCCAGCCAUUUGUCUGCUUCCAGAGGAUGACAAUCAACAUGAUUUGGACGUUCGAGAUCCUGAGAUUAAAUGGAAAUGGCAGCUUGCAGGAGUAUUAGAUUAUGAUGCACGUUCAAAAUUGUGGUUUGUUCAAAAAGUGGAUUCUGGUGGAAGAAUUCUAGACAAAAAUGGAAAACCAGUGGUGAAUGGUGGCCUGUUGUCAGAUGGGACAUUUUUAGAGCUGGAAACACAAUACUGGAUACCUCGCAUACAACUCAUGUUUCUUGCUGAAGAUCCUUAUAUAUUUGCGGAACGUGUAGCUACUGCUUUCAAAGAACGACAGCAGCAUGAAGCAGGAUUAAGAUACAAUCUAUACUUGGAUUGUAUGCCGAAUGAAGGCAUCGGAGAAUUGAGCAGUGCUGUUUUAAAAAGAAUGACUUUUCUUGCCAAAGAUGACACAUGCUCAAUCAAAAACAUUAAAGGACUUGAUAGUACAUUACAGAACCUCGAGAAAGAAGUUAUUUUCGACUACUGGAGAAGUAUGAAUGACCUCAUUUUACGACAGCUGGUUGAAAAGCACAAGAACCAGUAUCGUUUCAUUCAGCCUCCAGAAACAAAAAAGCGUAAAAUUCCAUGGAAAGGUACACUGGAUAUACCCAAAUAUGAUUUCGAUGUUAUGUUUCAAAAGUUCUCAUCAAGGUCAAUGUUAACAAAACCUGAGGCUAUAACGGCAAUUUGUAAAUGCCAAUAUGAAUGCUUAGAUGUACGCAGCAAAUCACUAUUUCAUGUACUCCUUUCAAAGCAUAUGCGAAUCGAAGAGUUCGAACAAACCCAGUCAAUGGUCAUUUUGCAAGUUUCAAUGUUUUUGAAAGAUGCUUGGUUGGAAAAUCUACGUAAGCAUAUACGUACAUCCUUUCGUGAUACCGGCAAAGGAUGGUUUAAUAUAUACGAAACUGAUUUUUAUGUGUAUAGUCAGUCUAAAUUGAAGAAAUUUAUGGAAAUGAUUAAAUUUAGCAUGCAAGAUGCACUGAGAUUCCUAGUGAUGGAUUCAUUGACAAACUUCACGAAUAUGCUACGUGAUGCCUGUAAUUCUUGUUUAGGUCUACCAGAGGACUAUGAAUGGACUAACGAUUUGAUGACAAGCAAUCUACAACCAAAAAAGAAUCCAAUAUUUCUAGUCGAUUUGGUGUUGGAUGCAGAAGGACCUCACUACAGUACACCACUUGUACUUUUUCCUCAAAGCCUGAUCAAUUUAUUUAAUAAAGCUAUAAAUUCUGUACAAGAUGUACCGCAAAUUGAACAAUACGUUAUUGAAGGUAUAACUUGUGCUGAAAAACAACUCUUAGAAGCUGUUGGUAUACGUGAACCACCAGUUGAGAAACUUCGUGAGCAACUCAAAGAAUAUAUUAAUGCAGCUUUAAUUCCUAUAAAGGCGUAUGCUAGACAAUAUGAACGCUUUAUGGAGCUUACACUGCUUGAUAUCAAUGCAUAUUUAAAAGUAUAUGAAUUACAAAAUCAAAGUGCUUUAGAAAUUAAACUACAAGUGGAAAAGCAGCUUCAAGAGAAAGAAAAUGUUGAACAAAUUAUACCAAGUUUUGUUAUUAUUGGUCCAUUCUAUGUGAAUACUGAACCUGUAAGACAGAAUCUGUCGAAAAAGUGUAAGGCAUUAAUCAACGCCUUAUUGGAUUUAUUAGCUAGACAGUUGAGGAAACAAGCUGACGUGGCUUCAGAAGAAUUAAGAAAUAUUGCUGCGAAAUUAUACGAAAAACCAAAUUCCAUUGAAGAAUUAACUGAAUUACGUGAAUGGAUAACUACAGUACCGGAAAAAUUGGAAGAACGCCAAGAAUUCAUAGAUAAAGCAAUGUCUGACUACGAAUUGAUCGACUUAUUCUUUUAUAACUUAUCUGCUGACGAUUUCAACGCAAAAUGGACUACUAUCGGUUGGCCGCACAAAAUCCGCCAAAUGGUAAUUCAAGUUGAGAAAAAUCUUGAGGAAGAUGAGGAGCGGUUUAAGAAGUUACAGGUUUCUGAAUCUGCCGCCUUCGGCGAUAAAAUUGAUACACUGACGAUGAUGGUCUCAUCGAUGGCAUCAUAUGCAGAGAUUAGUAAAGCUCAAGAAGUUGCCAAUGAAGUUCGCCGGAUUUAUAAACAAUUGAUUGACGCACAAAAUAUGGCAGGUGUAUUCAAUAGCCGUGAACGUCUGUUUGGAAUGGCUAAUACAAAUUAUGAAAAAAUACCACGUCUACUGAAAGACUUUGAACCGUUUAAAAAUUUAUGGUUGAGUGUAGCCGAUUGGUUGAAAACACAAGAAGCUGUCAUGAAUGAUCCUUUAACGUCCAUCGAUGCAGAGGCUGUUGAAAAGCUGGUUGUUGAAUGCUAUAAAACAAUGCACAAAUCUGUAAGAAUAUUUCAUGAAUUACCUGGUGUACAAGAGGUGGCGAAUCAGGUGAAAAUGGCAAUUGAAGAAUUCAAACCAUUUAUACCGUUAAUACAAGGCCUACGCAAUCCAGGCAUGCGCCAAAGGCACUGGGAACAGUUAAGUGAAGAACUUGGAGUCAGUGUUGUGCCGAAAUCAACGCUGACAUUCGCGAAAUGUUUAGAAAUGCGUCUUCAGGAUAACAUUGAAAUUAUAUCAAAAGUUGCAGAAGUUGCCGGUAAAGAAUAUUCAAUUGAAAGUGCAUUAAAUAAAAUGGUCAAUGAUUGGGAAUCGAUUCAAUUUGAAGUUGUGCCAUAUAAAGAUACAGGAACGUGUAUUAUAAAAAUCGGUGAUGAAGUUAGCCAACUAUUAGAUGAUCAUGUUGUUAUGACACAAGCAAUGAAUUUCUCUCCAUAUAAAAAACCAUUUGAAGAUCGUAUAUCCCAUUGGGAAACAAAGCUACACUUAACACAAGAUGUGUUAGAUGAAUGGAUCACAUGUCAAAGACAAUGGUUAUACUUGGAGCCAAUAUUUAGCUCGGAAGACAUUAAUCGACAACUGCCUGUUGAAAGUAAACGUUAUGCAACAAUGGAUCGUAUAUGGAGGAAAGUGAUGAAAAUGGCUGCUGAACAACCACAAGUGAUUACACUGUGUCCAGAUCCACGACUAUUAAAUAGUUUACGUGAAUGCAAUCGUUUGCUAGAUCAAGUUCAAAGAGGCUUAAGUGAAUAUUUAGAAACAAAACGUCAAGCAUUUCCAAGAUUUUAUUUCUUAUCUGAUGAUGAACUUCUGGAGAUAUUGUCACAAACCAAAGAUCCUAAAGCUGUUCAACCACAUUUAAGAAAAUGCUUUGAAAAUAUUGCAAGGUUACAAUUUGAAAAAGAUUUACAAAUCACAGCUAUGUUCUCCGCUGAAGGUGAAUGUGUUAAAUUUGAGAAGACCACUUAUCCAACAGCAAAUGUUGAAGAAUGGAUGGUAGAAAUAGAAAAUAUGAUGAGACAUUCAGUGAGAACAAUUAUUGGUAGGUCAAUAAUUGCGUAUACACAAACUCCACGCGUCGAAUGGGUAUUACAAUGGCCUGGACAAAUUGUUAUUGCUGUAUGUCAAACAUUCUGGACAACUGAAGUUACUGAAGCUAUAUAUACAAACAAAAUGGAUAAGUUAUAUCCACAUUUAUUAAAACAACUGGAUGGAUUACGUCAACUUGUACGUGGUGAUUUAACUAAAAUUGGCCGAAUGACACUAUCUGCCUUGAUUGUUAUUGAAGUACACGCUCGUGAUGUUGUUGCUAAAAUUAUUGAAGAAGGCGUGCAUAAUGUGAAUGAUUUUGAGUGGAUAAGUCAAUUGCGUUACUAUUGGGAUACUGAAAGUGAAGAAAUGAAACUCCGUGCUGUUAAUGCUGAAUUCGAUUAUGGCUAUGAAUAUUUAGGUAACACAACGCGUCUAGUUAUUACACCGUUGACUGACCGAUGUUACCUUACACUCACUGGUGCACUUCAUUUGAAAUUUGGUGGUGCACCGGCUGGACCAGCAGGUACUGGAAAAACAGAAACAACUAAAGAUUUAGCCAAAGCAUUCGCUGUCCAGUGUGUUGUAUUCAAUUGUUCCGACCAACUAGAUUUCAUGGCUAUGGGUAAAUUUUUCAAAGGAUUGGCAUCAGCGGGUGCAUGGGCGUGUUUCGAUGAAUUCAAUCGUAUUGAUAUUGAAGUCUUAUCCGUGGUUGCACAGCAGAUAACCACCAUACAAAAAGCCCAACAACAGCGUUUAACACGUUUUGUAUUUGAAGGUGAUGAAUUAGAACUCAAGCCAUCUUGCGCUGUGUUUAUUACCAUGAAUCCUGGUUAUGCUGGACGUACAGAACUACCGGACAAUCUAAAGGCGUUGUUUAGACCAGUUGCUAUGAUGGUACCAGACUAUGCUUUAAUUGCAGAGAUUUCAUUAUUUUCAUUCGGCUUCUCUGAUGCACGUUUGUUGGCCAAGAAGAUUGUUACGACAUUUAAAUUAUCCUCAGAACAGCUUAGUACACAAGACCAUUAUGACUUUGGUAUGCGUGCAGUGAAAAGUGUUAUAUCUGCGGCCGGCAAUCUAAAACGCCAGAAUUCGGAUAUGGAUGAAGAUCUCAUUUGUCUGCGGGCUAUCCGGGAUGUGAAUGUGCCUAAAUUUUUGGCUGAUGACUUGAAACUCUUUAAUGGUAUUGUAUCAGAUCUCUUCCCGAACAUAAGCGAGAAACCAAUAGAUUAUGGCGAUUUAACUAUUGCAUUGAAGACGUCUUGUGGUAAAUUAGGCUUAAUGGAUGUUGACGGCUUCCUAAACAAAUGCGUCCAGUUGUAUGAAACGACGGUGGUCAGACAUGGACUUAUGCUAGUUGGCCCCACUGGGUCUGGUAAAACAAAAUGUUAUGAAGUACUGCAGGAUGCAAUGUCUUCGUUACGUGAGAAGCCGGCACCAGAUGGUUCAUACUUUCAAACUGUACACACAUACGUAUUGAAUCCCAAAUCUAUAACAAUGGGACAAUUGUAUGGAGAAUUUGAUUUAUUAACUCAUGAAUGGACCGAUGGUAUACUAAGUACAUUGAUACGUUAUGGUGUCAGUGUAUGCGAUGAUGAUAAGCGUUGGUAUGUAUUCGAUGGUCCAGUGGAUGCUAUUUGGAUUGAAAAUAUGAAUACUGUACUAGAUGACAAUAAAAAAUUAUGCUUAAGCAGUGGUGAAAUUAUCAAGUUGACCGAAGCUAUGACAAUGAUGUUUGAAGUGGCUGAUCUAGCUGUCGCCUCACCAGCUACUGUUAGUCGUUGCGGUAUGGUGUACUUAGAACCGAGUAUUCUUGGAUUAGAUCCGUUUGUACACUGUUGGAUACGACAGUUGCCAGAUCCCAUAUACCAUCAUCGUGAUAAACUACAACGGUUAUUUGAUUCUUACAUGGAAAGUUCAAUUGAUUUUAUUCGAAGUGAAACUAAAGAAGUGAUUACAACCACAGACGGACAACUAUGCUUCAGUUUAAUGAAAAUGAUGGAUUGUUUCUUCAUGCCAUUCCAGCCUAAAGAGAAAGGUAUUGGCGAUGAUAUCCUUAGUCGAAUUGGCCAGGCAAUCGAAAGUUGGUUCAUUUUCUCCUUGAUAUGGUCUGUUGGCGCUACAUGCAGUAAUGAAGGCCGUAUUAAAUUUGACGCAUUCCUCAGACAGAAAAUGAAAGACUUCAAAUGUUAUCUACCAUUCCCUGAAGAAGGAUUAGUCUACGAUUAUCGUUUUGAAGAUGAUGGUCUUGUGUCACUCAAGGCGAGAGACGAUGAUGAUGAAGACAAUUUUGCCAACAGAAAGAUGCAUUGGGUUCAUUGGAUGGCGGAUAUGCCAGAAUUUAAAAUAGCACCAGAAGUCCGUUAUUCAGAUAUUAUUGUCCCAACAAUAGAUAAUGUUAGAUCAAGUCAUAUUAUUGAAAUGCUUCUAUUAGCUAAAAAGCCAGUGCUGUGUGUCGGUCCGACUGGGACUGGCAAGUCGAUGACAAUAUUACACAAAUUAACGCGUUAUAUGCCUAAAGAAUACAUACCAGAAUUUAUAAUAUUCAGUGCAAAGACAACAGCCAAGCAAACACAAGACCUAAUAGAUAGUAAAUUAGAUAAACGCCGGAAGCAUGUAUACGGUCCACCUAUGGGACGUUAUAUUGUCUUUUUCAUCGACGAUUUAAAUAUGCCAGCGUUAGAAGUCUUCGGUGCACAACCACCGAUUGAAUUAAUACGCCAAUGGAUGGAUUUCGAUGGUUGGUAUGAUCUCAAGUUGAUUGGUGAAUUCCGUAAAUUAGUUGAUGUCAACUUCAUAUGUGCAAUGGGUCCACCUGGUGGAGGGCGUAAUCCAGUCACUCCUAGACUGAUGCGACACUUCAACUUUUUGGCGUAUAAUGAACUAGAUGAAUUGAGCAUGCAACUGAUAUUUGGUGUAAUAGUGAAAUCCUGGCUCAGUCGUUUAGGUACAGAUAAGCCAGCAGCAAAACUUUUGACCUACGCUGAUGAUUUAGUCAAAGCUUCGAUUCAAGUCUAUAAAACAAUUCAAACUCAACUUUUACCUACACCAGCUAAAAGUCAUUAUACUUUUAACCUACGAGAUUUAUCUAAAGUAUUUCAAGGUAUGCUUAUGUUGGAACCGGAUAGUUUAACUGGAAGUCUUGAACAGUUAUUACGUUUAUGGUAUCACGAAUCAUGUCGUGUGUUUCAAGAUAGAUUGGUUGACGACAAAGAUCGUGAUUGGUUCAAUGAUCUUAUUGACAAAAAAUCGAAAGAAACAUUCAACUUAAAUGUCAACGACUAUGUGAAGACCACUCCAUUAUUAUAUGGCGACUUCUUGUCUGCAGCUGCAAAUGAUGGCUGGAAGUACACAGAAAUGACCGACCAUGCAAAAGUGUUACAGGUAAUCGAAGAAAAUCUUGAUGACUAUAAUCAAAUUAAUACAGCUAAAAUGGAUUUAAUUUUAUUCGUGUACGCAAUACAACAUGUCUGCCGAAUAGCGCGUAUUAUACGUCAGCCACAGGGUAAUGCUCUACUUCUUGGUAUGGGUGGUAGUGGACGUCAGUGUUUAACACGUCUUGCAUCACAUAUGGCUGAAUACGAUUGUUUUCAAAUUGAAUUAUCUAAAAAUUAUGGUAUGCAUGAAUGGCGUGAAGAUUUAAAAAAGAUCAUGAUGACAGCUGGUAUGGAAGACAAGCCUGUAACAUUCUUAUUUUCUGACACACAAAUAAAAACAGAAUCAUUUUUAGAAGAUAUUAACAAUAUACUCAAUGCUGGUGAUGUGCCGAAUAUCUACCAACUAGAUGAACUCGAUAAAAUCUAUGACUCCAUGAAAUUAGUCGCCGCUGAAGCUGGUCUACAACCGACUAAAACAAAUUUAUUUUCGUGUUACACUAAACGUGUACGAGCCAACCUGCAUACAGUAAUUACAAUGAGUCCUAUCGGGGAAAUAUUUCGUGCACGUUUAAGACAAUUCCCUGCCUUAGUCAAUUGUUGUACUAUUGAUUGGUUUAGUGAAUGGCCAAAUGAAGCGCUUGAAUCAGUUGCAUUGAGAAUGCUACAAAAUAUGUCUGAUUUAGAAGUUGACGAAGAGACACUCAAAGCAUUAGUUCAAAUGUGUAUUGAUAUGCAUCAGUCAGUGGUUAGAAAUACAGAAUUAUUCAAGCAUGAAUUAAAUCGUCACAAUUAUGUGACGCCAACAAGCUUUUUAGAAUUAUUGACUGUCUUCUCUAAAAUUUACGGUAUAAAAAAACAAGAGAUUAUUGCAGCACGAAAUCGUACACAGACAGGUUUGGAUAAAUUAUUGCACACCGAAGAAGUUGUCUCCAAGUUACAAGAAGAACUGGAAAUUAUGAAACCGGAAUUAGAAAAGGCUGUUGAAGAAUCGAAGGCAACUAUGGAAGAGAUUACACGGGAUUCGAAAAUUGCUGAAGAAACCCAGUCGGUUGUUGCCCAUGAAGAACAACAAGCAAUGAAAAAAGCCCGUGAAUGUGAAGCUAUUCGUGAUGAUGCUCAGCGUGAUCUAGACGAGGCUCUACCCGCUCUUUACGAAUCAUUAGAAGCACUGAAGUCACUGAAUAAGAAUGAUAUUACUGAAGUAAGAGCUAUGAUGCGUCCUCCAGAGGGUGUACGUCUGGUUAUCGAAGCAGUGUGCAUUAUGAAGGAUGUGAAACCGAAAAAAGUGGCAGGCGAUAAGCCUGGAGUAAAAGUUGAUGACUACUGGGAACCUGGUAAAAUUAUGCUACAAGAUCCUGGGAAAUUUUUAGAUAGUCUAAUGAAUUAUGAUAGGGAUAACAUACCAGACAGCAUCAUUGCAAAAAUCAAACCAUACAUUGAGUCAGAAAGUUUUCUGCCUGCGGCUAUCGCUAAAGUAAGCAAAGCAUGCACCAGUAUUUGUUUGUGGGUUAGAGCUAUGUACAAGUAUCAUCAUGUGGCUAAAACUGUUGCACCCAAGCGUCAAGCUCUACAGUCCUCUGAAUUAGAAUUAGCUGAAACUGAAAAGAUUCUUACUGAAGCAAGAGAGCGAUUAAAAGCUUGUGAAGAACGCAUUGCUAACUUGCAAGCUAAAUAUGAUGACUGUAUACGUAAACAACAUGAACUGGAGGAGAAAAGUCAACUCUGUGAGGCAAGAUUAGUCAGAGCUGAUAAAUUAAUUGGUGGAUUAGGCAGUGAGAAAAUACGAUGGAAUGAAUCUGUUGCUAACCUUAAUCACCUACUUAGCAAUCUUGUUGGAAAUGUACUUUGUUCCUCAGGGUCUGUAGCCUACUUUGGACCAUUCUCUGGUAAAUAUCGUACUGAUAUGAUCAAUGAAUGGGUGGGAAAGUUGAAACAUCAUCAUGUACCGCAUACUACAGAUCCAGCGCCAAAUUUAGUCCAAACAUACGGUGAUCCUGUUAAAUUGCGUAACUGGCACAUAUUUGGCUUACCUAAAGAUGUUUUAUCUAUUGAAAAUUCUGUGAUUGUCCAAUUCUCAAGAAGAUGGCCAUUAUUUAUUGAUCCACAAGGACAAGCCAAUAAGUGGAUUAAAGCACUUGGACAAGAAGAUGGUAUGAUUGUUACCAAGUUAUCUGAUAAAGAUUUUCUACGUAAUGUAGAAAAUGCCUUACGUUUUGGUAAACCAUGCCUAAUAGAAAAUAUUGGCGAAGAACUAGAUCCAGUCUUAGAACCUGUUCUGUUACAAACUUACAAACAACAAGGCGCUAUAGUUAUCAAACUAGGAGAUGCUGUUAUUCCAUAUCAUAAUGACUUUAAAUUGUAUAUCACGACCAAAUUGCCAAAUCCUCAUUACAAGCCUGAGUUGUCGACUAAAGUGACGCUUGUGAACUUCACCUUAUCUCCAAGUGGCUUAGAGGACCAACUGUUGGGUAUUGUAGUGGCUGAAGAGCGUCCCGAUCUAGAAGAAGCUAAAAACCAGUUGAUUGUGAGUAAUGCAAAGAUGAAACAGGAAUUGAAAGAAAUUGAAGAUAAAAUACUAGAACGGUUAAGCGCUACUGAAGGCUCACCUGUUGAUGAUAUCGAUUUGAUACAAACACUCGAAGCAUCCAAGCUAAAGUCAAGUGAAAUUAAAUCCAGAGUUGUUGUCGCUGAACAAACGGAACGCGAUAUCGAUGAAACUAGGAGCAAAUACAUUCCUGUGGCUGUGAGAACACAAAUUUUAUUCUUCUGCGUUUCUGACCUUGCAAACAUCGAUCCAAUGUAUCAGUAUUCACUUGAAUGGUUUGUUAAUAUCUUCCUGAAUGGAAUAAUCAAUGCAGAAAGAGCUGAUCAUGUUCCACAACGUGUGAAAAAUAUUAACGAUUAUUUCACAUUCAGCUUAUAUAAUAAUGUCUGUAGAAGUUUAUUUGAAAAGCACAAAUUAAUGUUUGCAUUCCUAGUAGCUAUUCGAAUUCUACAGAAUGAAGGUUUAAUUGACCCUGAUGAAUAUCGAUUUUUACUUGCUGGUGGUACGCAUAAAGGUAAAGAACUUGCUAAUCCAGCACCAGAAUGGAUUUCAGAUCGUAUGUGGGGGGAUGUACUGAAUCUUUCUUCUUUGCCUAAAUUCGCUAAUCUACCAAAAAGUAUAACACAGAAUCGUGAUGGAUUCAAAAAGAUUUUCGAUUCUUGUGAACCACACAGAAGUGAAUUCCCCGAGCCAUGGCAAACAGAUUUAGACAGCUUCCAACGGAUUUUAGUUCUACGCUGCCUUAGAGCUGAUAAAGUGACCAAUGCAAUGCAAGACUUUGUAAGUCAUCAUUUAGGCCAAAGAUUUGUUGAACCGCAAACUGCUAGUCUGCAUCAAGUAUUCAAGGAUAGUUCACCGUCAGCUCCGUUAAUCUUCGUAUUGUCUCAGGGUACAGAUCCAGCUUCAGAUUUGUACAAAUUUGCCGAUGAAAUGAAUUUCGGUGGUAAAAAGCUGUCAGCUAUCUCACUUGGUCAGGGACAAGGUCCUAGAGCUGAAGAACUUAUGCGAACAGCAAUGGAUCGUGGAGUUUGGGUAUUUUUCCAAAAUUGUCAUUUAGCUCCAUCUUGGAUGCCUACUUUAGAAAGAUUGGUUGAACAGAUAGACAAGGAUAGAGUACACCGAGAUUUCCGCCUAUGGUUGACAAGUAUGCCCAGUCCAGAUUUCCCAGUUUACAUUUUACAAAAUGGAUCUAAAAUGACAGUUGAACCUCCGAAAGGCUUGAAGGCAAAUCUGUUAAGAACGUACCAGGCAAUUAAUGACGCUUACUUGGCUAAUGUUCCGGCUAAGAAUGAUGUCUUCAGGCAUUUGUUCCUAUCCCUGGCAUUUUUCCAUGGUGUUUUGAUUGAACGUAAAAAAUUCGGCCCACUAGGAUUCAAUAUACCUUAUGAAUUUACAACUGGUGAUUUGAGAAUAUGUAUGGAUCAGUUGAUUAUGUUUUUAACUGAAUAUACUACUACGCCUUACAAGGUUCUUUGUUAUACAGCUGGACAUAUUAACUACGGUGGACGUAUAACGGAUGAUUGGGACAGGCGAUGUGCGAUGAGUAUAUUAGAUGAAUAUUACUUUCCGCGUGUUUUAGAAGACGAUUAUAGUUAUUCACCAUCUGGUAUAUACCACCAGCUACCCGGAAAUACAGAUCAUGCUAUGUACUUGGACUAUAUUCGUGGACUACCCAUCAAUGAUCCACCCGAGAUAUUUGGAUUACACGAGAAUGCUAACAUCACAUUUGCUCAAAAUGAAACAUUUGCACUUUUAGGAUAUUUAUUAUUAUUGCAACCAAAAACUUCAGCUACAACUGGCAGUGGAAAACAACGUGAAGAGAUUGUUGAAGAGUUGUGUCAUUCUCUUCAAAAACAAUGUCCACAAUCAUUUGAUCUGCCGGCUGUAAUCACUAAGUAUCCAGUGAUGUAUGAACAGUCCAUGAAUACAGUGUUAACUCAAGAGGUUAUCAGAUAUAAUAAUCUACUAGUAACUAUACAGAGAACAUUGAAUGACCUACUGAAAGCACUCAAAGGUUUUGUAGUAAUGUCAGCUAAUUUAGAAGAUAUGGCUAGAUCAUUAUUCGAUAAUCGUGUACCCGUUGCCUGGGCGAAUAAAGCCUAUCCAAGCCUAAAGCCAUUAGCCAGUUGGACUGAAGAUUUAGUGAUGCGUGUCAGAUUUAUCCAAGAGUGGAUUGAUCAUGGUGUGCCAAGUGUAUUUUGGAUAAGUGGUUUCUUCUUUCCACAAGCUUUUCUAACUGGUACAUUACAAAAUUAUGCAAGAAAAAAGAUCAUCUCUGUUGAUACUAUUUCAUUCGAUUUUAAAGUCAUGAGAGAAGGCUAUCAAGAAUUAACUGAAUCACCGGUCGACGGGAGUUAUAUUCGUGGUUUAUUCUUAGAAGGAGCUGGCUGGGACUCUACACGUAAUAUGCUGUGUGAAUCUAGACCGAAAGAAUUAUUUGUCAACAUGCCAGUUGUUUGGCUUAUACCAACAGCUAAUCGUAAACCACCAACUCAUGGUGUCUACGAUUGUCCAGUGUACAAAACGCUUACUCGUGCUGGUACUCUUUCUACUACUGGUCAUUCAACUAACUUUGUAUUCUCCAUUGAAGUUCCAACUGAUCAACAGCAAAAACACUGGAUUCAACGUGGGGUAGCCUUGUUAUGCGCGUUGAAUUAUUAA